CGUGACGUCACGCGGCGUCGGUUCUACUUGAAGUUGGCUUCUGGUGUGAUCGAACCUAUCGUUACAAAUGCUACGAAUGUACGAACAAAACAUCGAGAAUCACUGGGCCGAAAAUGGCAGCUCUGUUUCGGUCUGUAAAGCAAUUUGGGAAAAGUCUAAUUUUCUCGGAAUCUAAUAGAAGCGUAUCGCUGUCCGCAACCACAUAUUUAAGACAGAUAAUUGAGAAGGAAGAAAAUGAGGUCUUGACUAUCCAAGCUAUUAGAGUGCCACAGAAGAAGAAGCAUUUAUUAUUAAAAAUGAAGUCCAAAGCGUGUCCCCUUUGCGCUACGGGACUUGACGUUAAACAUACUGAUGUUCUUAUUCUAAAUCAGUUUUUACGAUCAAAUGGAACCAUGCUGCCACAUAGAAUAACUGGCCUGUGUAAGAUGCAGCAGGAUAGAGUUAGCAUUUUGGUGACUAUGGCUAAAAGAGCAGGCUUGUUACCAGACGGAAUUUCAAAACGGAUUAUGGCUAUAGAAAAAUGGAGACAGUAUAACACAUAUUUCGAUGAGAGUACCAUACGAUUUAAACAUAAGCGCUAGGAAAUGUACAGCAUAGAAUUGAAUAGUAUAUUUUAUUUACUCAAUUGAGUAUCAUUAUUUAAUCGAACGUAUUGAUCUACUCUCUCUACUUAAUUAUCUCUUUUUCUUCUCACGUUAAGCUUCUGACCUGUAUUACAUCUCUCUCAUAUGCUUGUGAUGUGCAUAC